GGUGUUCAUUUAAGUAGUCCAAGCCCUUCACUCGAGUGAGCUCAAUAAGUUGCAACACCGCGAAAAAUCUGUGAUUUAAAUCGAUACUAAACAGACACUGUGGUAUCGAAUUGCCAUAUUGUUGCCGAGAAGACAGUAUACGACUCGCUGCUUCCACACGCUGACGAAACGAGGUUUGACCCGCGCAGACCCAUCUCUUUCACUAACAUUCUAAAGAGAUCACCAUAAGAUGGCCUUAUCGAUUCCUAGACGAAUAAAUAACUAUUGGCUGGAAGAUUGUCUAGGAUCGGGAUACUCAGGAUCGAUAUUUAGAGCAUGUCACAUAUAUACAGGACAAAGGGUAGCAAUCAAACUUCAAAACGUGGAUCACGAGUGUCCAACAAACCGAUAUGAGCGAGCUUUCUAUCCUAUGCUACAAGGCGGAGAGGGCAUGCCUACUCUAUGGGCCGCGGGGGUAGAGGGAAUAUGGGAUUUCCUCGUCAUAGAUCUGUUGGGACCCAGCUUGGAUAGCUUAUUCAGGAAGAGCGGGAAGAAUAAGAUGGAUCUUCGAAGUGUAUGUAGCAUUGCAAUACAACUCAUAUCGCGAUUGCAAAUAAUGCACACCAGAGGUGUUCUACACCGCGAUAUUCAACUUGGCAACUGUGCCAUCGGACUUUCGGCAAAUAAUAAGACGAUCUACAUGAUUGAUUUUGGAUUUUCUAAGCAAUAUAUCGACCCUCAUACCCGUCGACAUAUCCCUGACAGUAAAGCAAAACGGGACUUCUUAGGAAAUUACUGGUUUACAUCUGUUGGCGUCCAUUGUAAAGGCAAGGUGCCCUCACGUCGGGACGACCUUGAGGCGGCGGCAUUAAUGUUAAUACAUUUGCUUACUCCCGGGGGGCUAUCGUGGACACGGAACGGUGUCCCAAAGACUGAUGCGCAGCACGACCGGAUUAAGCGCGAUAAGUUGACCGCACGACCAGAGGAUCUAUGUCGGGGCAUCCCUGCAGAAUUUGAGGAAUUCCUACGUUACUGUAGGAGAUUAAAAUUUGCUGAUUGUCCCGACUACGACCAUUGGAAAGAUGAAUUCAAAGAGCUUGCAAAUGAGCAUGGAUUUUCUGAUAUUGAUGAUUUCGUAUGGCCUCCUCCUCCGCCCAAGGUGAAGUCGCAGAUAACAGCUCUCCAUCAACCUAAACCAGGCCCAGCACCAUAUAAUAAUGCACCCAACAUGGAAGAAGUACUCAAUGGUCUCGCCAAACUCAAUCUCAAGGAGAGACCAGUACUGGGCGAUCAGACGAACACGCUUGUUGCACUACGAAAGGAAUACGGCGCGUUGCAAAAACCUGUUAAGACAGCCGUGAUUGAAAUUAGUAGUGACUCGGACGACAGCGCUGAUCAUCCAACGAACAUACCUCCACCCCCGAAUCGCUUCAGUAAAGCCACACAGCUCCAUAAUCUAGCAGCAUCAGCACACAAAGCGACAGACAAUCGGACUCUAUCGAUGAUUGUCACCGACUUUGUGGCAUGCCUGCAAUCAACCCGUUCGCGGAUGCUCACGAAAGAAGGAUUUCAGUUUUUGGACACACUGUACAAGCAGCUGGCCGACCCUUCGGUGUUUGCCGUACCACUGCGGACUUCUCGAACACGCAGUACAAAUCAGGAUGUGUUCCAGCCUCCAGCACGACAUGUGAAGCUAGGAGCUCUUAUAACUCUGCGGCGAGAAGUGACUACUGCACCAAAUAACAGGGCACUUGCGAAGAUGGUAGCUGACUUUGGAACUGUUACGAAUAAAAGCAGUGGACGAACCAUCACAAAAGAUGGCAUUGCUUUUCUAGAAGGACUGGCUGAGCGAUUGAAAGCACUGAAUUAGGGUGGUUCGGUGAUAGAUACUUACGAGACCGAGCUGUCACAGAGUAGUAGAGAAUGGUAUUCUGCUCAUUAUCUUGCUUAACAUUUGUACGAUCUAU